AUGCCUCUCUACGACGUCGAGCACGUCACGCCCCUGACACCAGACCAACAAUCGGCCCUCGCAAAGGCGCUGACGAACCUGCACGCGAUGCGCUUCAAGACGCCCGGCUUCUUCCUCAAUGUCCGCUACACGGACUCCAGCAAGCAGGUCGUCUUCCGCAACGGCCGGAGAGCCGUCUACAACCGCGUCAUCCUGCGCACCAGAUCCGGCGAGCAGCGGUCCAAGGAACUCUACGACGAGCACUGUCGCGACAUUGUCAGGGUGUGGGAAGAAGUUGUGGGCAAAGAAGGUGAGUUGGGGCUGAGGACCGUGUGGGUGAUGGCCGCCUUGACCACAGCUGUCGAGUGUGGUAUCGCCAGGCCAAAAGUGGGCGAGGAAGCCGAAUGGCUCAAAGCAAACAUGGACGAGUUUCGGAAGCUGGCAGCAGCAGGAGAUGAGGACUUUGUGGAUUUGGUCCAGGAGCUCGAUUCAUCAGGGAGCCGAUGA